AUGUCAACCUCCAAGUUUCGCGUUUUCAAACCGAACCCUAAACCAUCAGUGUCUUAUUCCCGAGCUUGCUAUGCCUGCCAUGAGAGGAAGGUUCGUUGCAAUGUCGAAGUGCAGCAUCCUUGUGCCAGCUGCGAGAUUCAUGGUGUCGAUUGCAGACCCCGUGUGAAACCCCAGAAGUCUGCCCACUCCCAGGCGAAAAGGGCGCAGAGCCCAAAAGUUCCAGCCGCGGCUGGGCACACUAUCGAUUUGGCUGCCGAUGACUGCGUUGCAACAUCGCAAAACCCAGCCAUCCCAGUGGCAGACGACGGCGAAGAACUUGGUGACCAUACACACUCUCCAAGACUGCCUAACCCUCCGACACCGACAGACAUUCCAUCCCUGUUCGUACAUAGUCCCAUUGUUUCAGGAACCGGUGUGCAACUCCUGGAAGAAGUAACGUCACCAUCCAUAGAUGAGUUCCACAACUCUUCAUUUCUCUCACGAAGUGCUAUCUUGGGUCAAGACUUUCCUGAACUUGACCAUACGCAUCCAGACCGAACGGCUCAUGAGUUCAGACUGUCCGAGGCCGAUCUCAAGGUGUUGGAAAUCCACAAAGCUUUUGACUUGCCACGGCUCGCUGUGCGGCAGUGUCUGUUCGAGGCAGUCUUGAACAAUUGCUGGACAUGGAUGCCGGUUCUUGACGCUGACGCAUCUUUCCCCAAGAGGUCAUCUCUGGGUAUCCUAGAGACAAAAUCUAUUCUUCUCCUGCAGUCAUUGAUGCUGGUGGGAUCCUACAUGACGGGAGGGCAGCACAUUGAUAUACCUCUAUUGGCACACUAUCGUCGUGUCAAGGCGAUCAUCGAUAGUGGGGUGGAACGGAAUCCUUACAAGCUCCUCAUCGCCGCGUGUCUGAUACAGUGGUGUGCACCCAGUGCUCCAAGGGACAUAUCAAUGGAUAGUCCUCGCUUCUGGAAUAUGUAUGCUAUCAGUCUCGCACAACAGAUGGGCUUGCACCGAAAGCCUCUCUACCCUACUCCGAACGACGGACUUCGCAAGCGGAUCUGGUGGACUCUGUUUGCGCGAGACAGCCUCUCGGCUUCUGCACACGGCCGGCCCCGCUUGAUCAAUCUUGCAGACUGCACCGUCGAGAAACCCAGCCUUCUAGAUUUCCCAGACCCUGCCGAUGUACGAGCUCAGAUAUUUAUCUCAUGGGUCUCGAUAUGCGAGAUCCUCCAUGACAUCUGCCUGUCACUUUCUGGACCUGAUGGAGCGACACUACCACAAAAGCAGAUGCUCUCUGAUCGACUUCUUGAUUAUAUCCGCAACCUAAGCCCCACACUCCGCCUGACAAAGCUAGAAGGCGCACAUCGUCCCUAUGACUUCCAACUCGCACAGCUCCAUGUCACGAUCCUGACGGCAAUCACCAUCCUCCAUCGACCAGCGUCUAUAUUCAACAUAAGCCCUCUCUACUCCUCGGCUUUGUCCAUCACCGCUUCACACCUCAGUGUCAAGAUAUUUGAAGCCAUGGAACUGCGUGGCCAUACUCAAUGUCUAAGUUCAGCGUACACCUGGUCCAUGUUGGUGGCCGCCAUUCCGCAAUUGUCGGCACUCUGCUGCGUUCCGGCGCUUGCGCAAGAGUCUGGUCAAGCACUUGACACUAUCGAAACUUCGCUUCAGUCAUUCAGUCGUGUUAGGAUGUCCGCGGUCAACAAUCUUGCAAAUGUCAAGGCUAUCAGGAAGGCGAUUUCGGUUCAGCAAACGAACAACCCAGACUUAAACCAUACAAGGAGAGGACAAGACCACGCAGAAACUCAGGAAUCUUCCCAUCUUGAUAACUCGAAUUCAAUCGUGUUCAAUGUUGAGAGAUUGCUCCAGCCUUACGGUCCUUCGGCGUUGAAGUACUACGAGUCGAACGUAAAUAUAUUGCGACCGUUCAUUGCAAGCACCAUAAUGCCCGGCCUUUCGGAAGCUCGAGGCGGCAUGCGAGGGCUUAGUGACCGAGACAUGGAAAUGAAUGGCUGGCAAGAUGAAGGAUUUGGGUCCGUGUCGAGGACAAAUGCCGAUGCAUUCAAUCUAGACUUCCAGCUCCUCGUUGGUGAUGAUUUCCAGGAGACCGGAUGGAUGCGCAAUUGGAUCGAAGACCUGGAACUCUUUGAUCUUGAGGCGUGA